AUCUUUCUCUAAAAGGUAUGUCUCGGGUGUCUGUUCGUAUCCGUGACGAAUGGGUGCUGAUCCCGUGUCCUGAACGGUCUCAGUGUAUGCGCUGGCUAGGUGCUGAGGCUCUGCGGCGCUACAAUAACGCUCACUCCAGUGGUGGUGUAGGUGGAGAGGAAAGCUUCGUGCUCAGGAGGUGUCUGGAUGAGGCGCUACUAGAUUUGGAUGACACUAUCAGUAGCGUUCUUGACAUCAGUGACUUUAUUGAGCUGAGAUUUAAAGAAGAUGCUCUGGAAGAGUAUAAUAGAUUUUCGCCCGAUAAGAUAAAAAUCCAGUUAACACAGCAAGAGAAGUAUAUCUCUUUAGAUGGAAACAAUCUCACCACUGCUGAUCUGGUCCGUUUAGGAAAAGGCAUCUAUAAGAUUAAGCUCAGUGCUGAGGCAGAGGAACGUGUGCUGGGAGCCAGGGAUCUCAUCGAGAAGAUCAUAUCUGAAAAUAAAGUUGCUUAUGGAGUUAACACAGGAUUUGGGAAAUUUGCAAGGACCAUUGUGGGGAAAGGUCAACUCCAGGAGCUGCAGGGAAAUCUGAUUCGCUCCCACAGUGCUGGGGUUGGACCCCCACUGAGUCCUGAAAGAACCCGGAUGCUUCUUGCUCUCAGGAUUAAUGCCUUAGCUAAAGGCCAUAGUGGCGUUUCCUUGGAGACGCUUCAGAAAAUGGUGGCAGCCUUUAAUGCCUCCUGUCUCUCCUGGGUUCCUGAGCAAGGAACCGUAGGGGCGAGUGGAGACCUGGCCCCUCUCGCUCACCUGGCUCUGGGGCUGAUGGGAGAGGGACGCAUGUGGUCACCACAGACCGGCUGGACUGAUGCCAUGACUGUACUAGACGGACACGGUCUGACCCCAAUAUCCCUGAAACCCAAAGAGGGACUUUCUCUGAUUAACGGGACGCAGAUGAUCUCAUCACUGGGUGCUGAGGCAGUAGAGAGAGCAGAAGCGAUCAGUCGGCAGGCUGAUGUCAUCGCUGCUCUCACUUUAGAGACCCUGAAGGGAACCAACAAAGCUUUCGAUAUUGAUGUCCAUGCGGUGCGACCUCACCCGGGUCAGGUGUUAGUUGCUCGGAGAUUUCGCUCUUUGCUUCAUUCUGACGCCUUUCCCUCUGAAAUCACAGAUGAGAAUUCCUACAACAGUGUUCAGGAUGCCUACACACUGCGGUGCUGCCCUCAGGUGCAUGGAGUAGCCAAUGACACCAUAGCAUUUGUGAAGAAAAUUCUCACGACUGAGUUAAACAGUGCCACUGAUAAUCCUUUGGUAUUUUCAGAACGAGGAAUCACUAUUUCAGGAGGAAACUUCCACGGUGAAUAUCCUGCUAAGGCUCUGGACUUCCUGGCUAUAGGAGUGCACGAGUUGGGGAGUAUUAGUGAGCGGCGCAUCGAGAGGCUGUGUAAUCCCUCACUCAGUAAUCUCCCUGCCUUCCUGGUGAAAGAAGGAGGAUUAAAUUCAGGCUUUAUGGUGGCCCACUGCACUGCUGCUGCCCUGGUGUCUGAGAAUAAGGUGCUGUGCCACCCGGCCUCUGUGGACUCUCUGUCCACCAGUGCAGCUACAGAGGACCAUGUGUCUAUGGGGGGCUGGGCAGCCAGAAAGGCCCUGAAGGUGGUCGAGCAUGUGGAGCAAGUCCUUGCCAUAGAGUUACUCGCUGCCUGCCAGGCUCUGGAGUUCCACCGGCCUUUAAAGACCACAGCACCUCUGGAGAAGGUCUACGAACUGCUACGCUCUGCAGUCAGGCCUUGGGACAAAGACCGCACCAUGAGCUGUGAUAUCGAAUCAGCUCACCAACUCCUCCUAGAGGAAGAGGUGUGGAAAGCAGUGGAACCAUACAUGGACCAGUAUAAGGAGAGUAACCACCAGCAUCUUCCCAAUUGUCUGUCAUAAAAAUUGACUCAAUAAGAAUAAAAGUAUAAGAAGAAUAACAUUUCAAUAAAAUUACAAGAACAAUAGAAUUUAUUAUGUGGGUGAGAAUGGGAAUAGAAUAUAUGAAGAAAUUUAUGAAUAUAUGAAUUUAUGUAGAUCAGUGGGAGUAUAAUUAUUAUAAAUGAAGAUGAUGAGGUUUUGUGUGUGUGCGUGUGUGUGCGUGUGUGUGUGUGUGUGUGUGUGCGUGUGUGUGUGUGUGUGUGUGUGUGUGUGUGCUACAACAACUUUAACUUAUGGUGUUUAGAGAGAAUUUGCUAGAAAGACUUGACAUGACACAACAACCUGUCAUGACAUCAGACAUUAUGAAGUAUACAAGGAAAAUUUCCAUUAAUGGUAACAUGGCACCUUUAUAAUACUGCCUAUGAAGUGUUAUAACAACUCACUGCAGCAGAUAUGACUGUCUAUGCGUCAUGAUGAAGAUGAAGUAUAACAAUGGACAGGGAGUGAUAAAUUGAGACGGAUGCUUACUCAUGGUUGAAAUUCUAACAUGUAUUGAGAUUUUGGAAUUGUAGUUUUGUCUCAGUUUUACUUAUUCUUUCCCAAGAGUGGUGUUGGAAAUGGAAUUUUCUGAUAAUGGUGAAG